CAGAGCAGGAAACAGCAGAUUCCCCUCAAAGACGAAGCAAACUGUUGGAAUAUUUCCGUUAAAACAGACAGACCCGUGUUGUGAGACAAACAGGAGUUUCUCUGCUGUGGAUAGUGAUUUAUUUUGGUCUAAACUUACAAUGGAGUCCAAUGGAAAAGCUGGGAAACAUGGUCUGGAAGGGGAUGCGGACCUUAAUUUCCUGCUGGCUGGUGGCGAGCUCAUCAAGGUUCGUUCCAAAUCCUGGCAAAGGGGCCGCUUCUUUAAGCUGAUGGAAGACUGUAGGACCUUGUGGUACCCAUCCGAGAAACUCUUCAAACGAGAAAAAACCUUCCUCAUCGAUGACAUUGAAUCUGUGCGCAAGGGCCGCCAGUCUGAGGGAUUAGAAAAAUACACUGACCCCAGCGAAGACGAGAAGUGCUUCUCUAUCAUAUUCAAGGGACGUGAUAAGAACCUUGACUUCAUGGCAUCUUCCAAGGAGGAGGCCCACCGGUGGGUCAGCAGCCUGGAGAAGGUCGUCAAUAACAUGCGCAACCUCAACAAGAAACAGAAGAGUGAACACUGGAUCAUCAACUGCAUGCGGAAAGCAGAUAAGAACAAAGACAACAAAAUGACGUUAAAAGAGCUGAAGCACUUCCUGAGGCAGCUCAACAUUGAGGUGGAUGACAGCUAUGCUGGGGAACUAUUUAAGAAAUGUGAUGAAUCAAAUUCGGGUACUUUGGAAGACUUAGAGAUCAAGAAAUUUUACGACCUCUUAACACAUCGCGAGGAGAUAGAUGUGAUCUAUAAGAACUAUGCCAAAACAGAAGGUGAGAUGAGCUACAUGGAUCUGCUGAACUUCCUGCUGAACGAGCAGAGGGAGCAGGCGACCAAGGAGAGCGCGCUCAAGCUGAUUGAUAAAUACGAACUGGACGAAACAGCAAAGCAGAAGAAGCACAUGACUAAAGACGGAUUCCUUAUGUACCUCAACCAUGACGAAGGAUCCAUUCUCAACCCAGCUCACACGCGGGUUUAUCAAGACAUGAGUCAGCCUCUCAAUCAUUACUUUAUCUCCUCCUCGCACAACACCUACCUGAUGGAGGACCAACUCAAAGGGCCCAGCAGCACCGAGGCUUAUAUAAAGGCACUGAUGAAGAGUUGUCGUUGUGUGGAGCUGGAUUGUUGGGAUGGACCUAAUGGAGAGCCGCUUAUUUAUCACGGCUACACUCUCACAUCAAGAAUACUUUUCAAAGAUGUCAUUAGAGCCAUCAGAGACUUUGCCUUCAAGACAUCUGAAUACCCUGUAAUUCUGUCUUUGGAGAACCACUGCACAGUGGAACAACAGAAGGUCAUGGCCCAUCACUUGCUCUCCAUCCUGGGGGAUGCUUUGGUUACAAAGCCUUUGGGUGACACUAUGCCCACUAACUUCCCCUCACCAGAGGAGUUGAAGGGGAAGUUCCUCAUCAAGGGGAAAAGACUGAACAAACUGGACGCCAUGUUCUCUAACAACAACAUUGUUGAGGAAGAUACGGUGUCUGACGAAGACGAGGCUGCGGAUGUUAAGGAGAAAGAUCAAAAAGCAAAGUCAAAGAAAUCAAAGAUCAAACUCGCCAAACAGCUGUCGGAUAUUGUCAUCUACUGUAAGAGCGUCCAUUUCCAUGGGUUUGAACAUGCCAGAGACAACCAGGAUUUCUAUGAAAUGUCAUCUUUCAAGGAAAGCAAAGCCUUCAGCCUAGCUGACAAUUCAGGCACCGCCUUCAUCCAUCACAACAUGGACAAGCUCAGCAGGAUCUACCCUGCUGGCUCCAGGACAGACUCAUCCAACUACAACCCCGUCCCCAUGUGGAAUGUCGGCUGCCAGAUUGUGGCCUUGAACUUCCAAACUCCCUCGAAGGAGAUGCACCUUAACCAAGGCCGAUUUCUGCAAAACGGUUUUUGCGGCUACAUCCUGAAACCUGAAUUCCAGAGAAGCCUGUCGUCUCAGUUCAAUCCCAACUCUCUGACCAAAGGGCCGUGGCUACAGCAGAAGACCCUCCAUGUCAUGGUGAUCUCAGCUCAGCAGUUGCCUAAACUGAACAAAGAAAAACAAAAGUCCCUCGUUGACCCUCUGGUGAGGGUGGAGAUUUAUGGGGUCCCCGCUGACAAUGCCAGCAAGGAGACGCAAUGUAUCCAAAACAACGGUUUCAACCCCACAUGGAAUGAGAAAUUUGUCUUUCCUAUCCACGUUCCUGAGCUGGCCCUGUUGCGCUUUGUUUUGGAGGACUAUGACUCAACUUCUCAGAAUGAUCACAUUGGGAAUUACUGUCUGCCGCUCACCAGCGUUCAGAACGGAUAUCGCCAUGUCCCAUUGCUCACCAAGAGGGGCGAUGUCAUCCCUUCUGCAGGGCUGUUUGUGCAUAUCAUGCUCAUAUAACGUCAGUAGGAUCAUAAAAGAGGGAAAACCGUCACACCAGAAAUGAAAACCUUCAAGAUUUAAAAGCCAACAGCAGAGCAAUGACCAAGUAUUGCAGUGGGCUCCCUAAACCUUUGUUAAAGACACUCUCUACCUGUUUAUUUUUUUAACCUAUAAUAUUUGAGCUUUGUUAUUAUAGUGAAGUGAAAGUAGUUGAAACUGUGUGUGAAUGGGAGGGACGUGAUGUUAUUGAAUGAGGGUCAUUUAACUGUUUUUUCUGUCUCGGGAGAUUAAUCAUCAUAUAUUUUACAUGACUGUCUGCUUCUGAAUUAUCAGGCAACAAAUAUCUGCAUUUAUUUUGCUUUUCCUAGAUUUGCAGAGUAGAUCAGACCUUAAUAUAUAUAACUAACGAUUGCAGAGGUCUGCACUGGGUACAGGCUGGUUAAAUGCAUAGAGGAAAAAAAACAGGCCACAGUUUAAAAUCUGACAACCUUUCUUGCUGCAUCUUACCUACAGUUUAAAGUAUUUUUUAGUAAGAUGUCAAUAAAGGUGUUGAAUUUAUGUCGUUUUACAGUUAGAAGCACAGAGUAACAUCACACUCCCCCUAUCUGACCUGUGACUUCUACUGAACACACAGCUGACUACAGAAAGGCUACCUCAUGUUUCCCUUGCUUACAAAAAACAAACUCGGAUUUUUGGAAAUGCUUUCAGCCGCACACAUCAAGGCCAAUCAUGGUGCGUAACCUAAACUGCACUGUUUAAUAACUUCAGGCUAUAAGCUGCUUUUCUAAUAAAAGACUGCCCAUCAAAGCAGGUAGCCAGACUAUCUAACCAGCUAAUUCUACCUUGUUAGGCCCCAAGUGUGUUUUCUAUAAAGAGCAAAAUAGCAAAAAGGUGCAAUAGUAUGUGUAUGUGGGGCUUAGAAACUGUUAAAGGCUGUGCAAUUUUCUCUUAGCAUGGUGAUAUCUAGAAAAGAAAAUGCGAUGACUCUCUCAUACCAGCCAAUGUUAAGUCUGUAGUUAUUUUAUUUUCUUAAAUGAGAAUUAUUUUAUCUAUUUAGUGUAAUGUUUUUUAUGUGCCUUUGUGUUCUACUUCUUAAUCUAAAGCCUUGUACCAAAGUGUGUAUUUUUCAUAGGCUUGAUGACCAGGUCAAAAUAUGCGAGAAAAAAAAAAAAAUACUAAAACGUUAUAAACUGUCACAUUUUAUUUUAAAAUACUUUCUUUUUUGGAACUGUAUGCAUUGGUUCGUCAUGUUUCUUGUUAGUGUUUGCACUACUUCUUAAAUAAAAGCAGUCUUAAUCUCUCA